AUGAGGAAGAAAACUGUUGUACAAAAGCCUCCUAGAGAAAAGAUACACAAGCUUCCUGCAAAACCUAGGCCUUCUACUCGUUCAAGAGAGCAAACCUUCACUCCCUCACCUUUACCUCCUACCUCUCCUCCACGAAUUGAUCCCAUGGCGCGGACCAAGAACACACCAAGAUUUUCAACCUCUGCCAAGCCGACGCCACCACCAAAGGCACCGCCUUCAAAACCCGACUCUUCAAAACCUAGCUCAUCCAAGGGCAAAUGUCCUGCUACUGAAGAACCUGUUCCUGAGUCAACUCAGCCUAAGCCAAGGUCUUUUCCAUUGUGUUCACAAAGAGGUAAACCUCGUCUCCCUCUCAAAUCAGUUAGAAAACCAGACAUUGAUCCUUUUGCUCAUAAAUCCUGCUUCAUGACAUCUCACUCAGACUAUAAUCCAUUUAGAUUUAGGUCUUCCAUGAACAAUGACUUUUAUGAAGGAGUUAUCAAAUAUUCAUAUCUAAAAGGGGGUGGUUCAGUGAAACAGCAAAAGGGACCUACUCGUUCAGAGAGAGUGGUCUUGGAUGAUGAAGAUGAUGACUUUAUUCCUGAGGAAUCUCUUCCUCCUUCCACCGAGGGUACUUCCAUCCCACUGGACAAAAAUUUGCUCUGCUGA